AUGGCUAGCCUCCCAUCCAAAAUGCGAGGAAUCAUCCAACCAAACGCCAAUUCAAAAGACCUCUCACUCACCACUCUACCAACUCCAACAAUCAACCCAUCCCUAGGCGAACAUCUAAUCCAGGUCAAAGCAUGCGCUCCCUGCGCCGGAGAACUCCUCUGGCCAAAGAACUUCCCCCCACCAAGUCCACGCGAGUUAAUUCCCUGCCCGGACGUCGCAGGAGUAAUUAUCUCAGGACCGACCGAUUCGCCAUUCCAAGCUGGCGAUGAAGUCUUCGCGCGCACGAAUUACACCCGGCCCGGCAAUGCGCGAGAUCUCACCGUCGGGGUUACGGGUGAAUUGGCGCAUAAACCCAAGGCUCUGAGCUGGGUUGCGGCGGCCGCGGUGCCGGUCUCUGCCGAGACGGCAUGGCAGAUUCUUUUCAUUCAUGCGGGGAUUGCGGCUGAGGCGGAGGUUGAUUUUGAGACGGCGAAGGAAGCGUGGAAGGGGAAGAGGGUGCUUGUGACUGCUGCUUCGGGGGGGUGUUGGGAUUUGGCUGCUCUGCUUGGUGCCGAGGUCGUGGGUACCUGUGGUGCUGCGAAUGUUGCGCUUGUGAAGGCUCUUGGUGCGAAGGAGGUGCUUGAUUAUCGGUCUACUAAUAUCCGCGAGUGGGCGGAGGAUCCGGCGAAGAAGGUGGAUGUUGUUAUUGAUUGUAUUGGGAGACAGUCGCUUGAGGAUGCUUGGUGGGCGGUUCGCAAUGGCGGUGUGGUUCUUAGUAUUUUCCAGCCACCGAAACAGGUUUGCCCGGCGGAAUAUAAAGGGACGGGUGUGAAGGAUGUGUUCUUUGUGAUGGAACCUGUUAGAAGACAUCUGGAGAGUAUCGCGAAGCUGAUUGAGCUUGGUAGCUGUCGUGGUAUGGUGGAUAGUGUAUGGCCCUUGGAGCAGUAUGAGGAAGCGUUCAAGAGAAUGGACGGAGGGCAUGCGAGAGGUAAAAUUGUUUUUGAUUUGUCUCUGAAUCAGUAA